AAUAAGCUUUGCGGAGAUGAGCUAAAUAUUGAAAUAGAUGAUUUUAAAUGGCAACCACACAACAAAAAAAUAAAGUCGAGUAUUAUAGCUGAUAAAAAUAAUAAGCAAUGUAAUGAUUUUGAACAACCAAGCCAUAGUAGGGAUUUUAAUAGUUGUCAAUCAACAAUUUUAAAUCAAAAUUCAACAAAAAAAAUUAUCCCAGGGCCUGUGGGCCUUUUACCUGAUGAGGAGCCAGAUUUUGAAGAUAAAUCAACUCAAAAAUUAUUAAAUUCAGUUUUCUCUCAAAAUUUUCCUAAAAAGAAAUUGAUAAAUGUAGAUUUAUACAAUAAACUUGAUAAUCAUAAAUCAUGGCAAACUUUGGAGAAUAAUUUAAAUUCUGUUGUGAACACCCCAUUGCAAAAUUUAAUAUUAAAAUAUGGCCCAAUCUAUAAAAUUGAAUGCAUUCUUAAGCAAGUAGCACCUACAAAAAUACCACUAAUAAGUUGUUACUGUAGCAAUAUUAUAGUUAAAGACUAUCAUUCAUAUUUGGUAGAGCUAUGUGAUUGCACAGGUAAAAUCAAAGCAAUUAUCAACAGAGAUGCAAUAAUUCAAUUUGGCAAGUAUAUUGAUAAAGGGAGCUCCUUUUUAUUGUAUCAGUUAAGUCUAUUCCGUCCGUUCAAAUCCAGGGAACUCUAUUUAAUCGUCACGUUCCAUAAUAUGUUGGCACUAGCGAAUUCUAGGGGACACUUGCGCCUAAACAAUGUCCAAAACGAUGAAGCAUUUUGUGACCGAACUCAAAAUAUAGUGGAAAACGAUAUCGAUUUCGAUGAUUUUUCCCCACUAGAUUCCGUUACCGCACUCCCUAAUCCACCGGGUAUUGUUUUCGGUAAAAAUAGGGAUUAUGACUUACCGAGCCAAAAUUGUGCAAUUCUAGGUACUACAAAUUUAAUCACGUAUGAUGAGAAUAUUGGAAAUGAUUUCGAUAUAGUAGAAUGUGGUAAUCUCCUUAGCAGCGACGCCAAAGCGAUAGAUCUUUCGAAUAUAUCUGAUCCCUACCCAAAGAACGAGAGUACUGGCAAUCGAGCCAAUAAUCUUCUGAAAGAUAUUGAAGAUUCUAAAUCGUCCAUAAAUAAUAAAAACUUUCAAGAAAGGAUAAAGAAUAAAUUUAACGCCUUCAAAUUCAACGAUACUUCUAGCAAUGAAGUAUCCAACAAUAUACAUAAUUGCGUCCAUCCUGUUAACGAUAAAAAUAUUCCCGACUCCUAUGGAUUUGAAGAUAGCGAAGAAUCCCUCAAUUUUGAAUUGCUCGUUUCCCAGCAUCUAAACGAUAAAAAUUUUGGUUACGUUGACCCAUUGAACUCCGCUAAAUUUGUUGACAAUUAUACGAAUGCUGACAUCGGCUCAUUUUCAAUCGGAGACAAUGUUAAAAAUUUAAAAAAAACGGCCGAACUGUCCUGCCACGUUGACAAUUUAUCCCAUUUUGAGAUGGAAGAUGAAAUGUUCGAUAUAUACGAUAUUACUACCCCUAUUUUUCUUAAAUAAAUGGAUAAUAAAGAAGUUGUUUUGUUUUAGCUUGUAAAAAUGGGUUUGAUAUA